AUGGAAGAUUAAUAGAAAUAAAUUAGUGAAUAUCUAUAAAAAUUAAGAGAACCACUUUCUUUUAAGUAGCUCCAAGAGCACUUUAGUGAUGUAGAUAGCUAAAAACUGAAGGAAAUAAUAGAUUCAUUGAAUGAAUAAAAUAAGAUAAAUAUUAUAAGUAUUUUCUUGACAAAAAAAGUAAAAUGUGACAGUGUUAGGAUGGAAUAUAUAGAAACAGAGAUUCAUCCAAUGGACUCAUAAGAAAAUAAUUAGUCUUAGGAAAACUAAGAUUAGGAAAUUCAUUAAUAAGUAGAUUAACAAAUAAAAAAGUUUGAGCCUAAAAAGCAUGAGGAUUUGAACGAUGAAUAGCUAUAAGAAUAUAAAGCUGAGUUAAUAGCUGCUAAGUCGCUUCUAGAGGAAAAAAAGAAAAGCUUAAAUACAAAGAGUGAUAAAUUAAAAAAAAUCCAAGAGAGAAAUGAGAUGAAGGAAGUAGCAGGCAGUAUAUUUUAAAGGAUAGCAAAUAUAAGAAACCUAACAACUAAAUAAGUAUUUUCAGAAUAUGGAUUGGAUAAUAAUGAAAUAUGA